UAUUAUUGUGUGCAUUCAAAUAACUAAUAUUUGCACAGGGUGAACGCUGGUGUUGGAGAGAGAGAUGGGAGGAGCAGUUUUCAGGUGGGUGAUGCAACUACACAAAGAUGUACCCAGAGCUGCAAAAUUCUACUCAGAAGGCUUAGGUUUUACCGUCAAUGUGUGCACUCCUCGUUGGGCGGAACUUCACUCUCACUCUUUCAAGCUUGCUCUUUUACACUCCUCUAGUGAGCAUGUCGUACAGAAUGGAUACUCGUCACUCCUGUCCUUCACAGUGACAGAUAUUAACAGUACCGUUAUGAAACUAAUGGAACUGGGAGCGGAGCUAGAUGGCCCCGUCAAACAUGAAAUCCACGGAAAGAUUGCAGCCAUGCGAUGUCUUGAUGGUCACAUAGUAGGACUUCAUGAACCUGCAUGAAAUCAAGCGAAACCCACCGUUGUGCAUUUUGAACUUUCUUUCCAAGAGAAAUUAUGGGUCGAUCUAUGUAUCAACUUGCGUAUCAGAUGAAAAGCAAUGUAAACUCUGGAUCCCUCAAUUCGGAUACAGCAUGUGCAGCCUGCUACAUAAAACUCAAGAAGCAAAACUCGGUACCUUCAUCAAUCUUGCUCAAUUCUACUAGUACUCCUGGUCGGAAAUUUAUAUGUUGGAUCAAAGUGUAAGAACAGAUAUCAUUACAUAGUACUCGUUUUACUCCAUUUCUGGUGUAAGAUAGUGUUACAACUUAUGAACAACAAUCCUGUCUGUGUUGCAGUAAAGAUUGAAUUAUGUCUGACCCUGAAAAUUGUCAUUCUUUGGAAUAAACAGCUGAUAGUUCCCUUGCAAA